AUGAGAUGGGGUCAUAAAGCUAAUCCGGAUAGGUGGUUCAUAAACUUACAACCACAAUUCCAAGAAGUUGUAGACGCAAUGGAAGUGAAUGGUGAACCAGAUAUAGCUGGUAUUUUCAGCGCGGCUUUAAUGCCAUUGAAAGAUAUGAAAGAUGCAGAUAUUUUGGACCAGUAUGAAAUGAACAUGGCUGAUGGAAAUAUAACACCUGACGUUCUAGAACAUUUAUCUCAAAGAACUACACAGAACCAUAGAGAUGGUAUAUUUGGUGAAGAGUUUAGAAAGAAAGUUAGGGAGAGAGAAGGAAGAGAACCUAUUGUACAUGACCUUGCAAACGAAAGUUUGCAAAAUGUCAUAAAAACUUACUUUGCAGACAAUGAACCGAGAAGGGAUGAAUAUUUAAGAAAACUCAAAUGGACAGUACCAAAUGAAAUGUUAGUAUUGAAAAACAUGUUCCUUGACAAAAUAAAACCAACUACAGAAAUAAAUGACGCAAGACUGAAACAUUGGGUAAAAGCUUUCCCAUUCACAAAAGAUAUUAUUGGUAACAUGGAAAGAAAACCAGAAUGGCUACAAAAACAUAUAUUUGGAAACGAGCUUAUUCCAUAUGGACAAGCUCUGUUUGAAGAGCUUGAACCGGAAACUCAGGAAAGAGUCAUGCAAACAAUACGCGAAGACUCAAAUACAAACUAUGACAAAAUCUUUCUAGGAUAUAGGUUACCUGAGAUGGGCGACCAGAGCCCAAAGGCAAAAAGGACAUGGGAAAUUUACAACAUACUAGGUGAACAUGAGGCAAAGAUGCAACAACUUGAAGCAGAGGGCAAGUUACCAAAAGCGACACCAAAGAAGAAGAGUAGAACAAAGUGA